GGGGACUUCGGGGUGGAUAUAUGCACCUCACGAACAUCGACAAAGGAGUCCAUGAUGUGCUGCACAAACUAUUGACUGUUCAACAAUGCCCGUCAAUCGUGGGCCAGGUUGGGUUGUACAGUUUGGUCAGUCCACCUCAAAAUGGAGAACCAUCGUAUGACUCAUUUCAGCGAGAGAUUGCGGACAUUUCUCACAAUUACAAACAAGUUGCAAAAAUUUUAAGCACCGAGCUUAAUAAAGUUGUUGGUUUCAACUGUUCUCAACCUGAAGGUGGACCUGUAGUAUUUACAAAGUUUAAGAUACCACAAAAAGCAGUUGAUGAGGCGGAAGUUCAAGGAACAGCACCGGACAUAUUUUACGGUCUGGAGUUGCUUGAAACAAUGGGAAUAAGUGUAGCGGUGGGGUCGGCAUUUGGACUUUCACCAACGCAGCAUUACAUGAGGCUUUCCUUGCCAGCCAAGGUUGAAGACAUUGACAAACUCGUGGUUCGACUGAAAAGCUUUAAUCAACAGUUUUUGGAAAAAUAUUCUUGACAAUAAAAUCCUAUACUUACUUCAUAGAUAUGUCUAAUGUAAGACUA